AUCUGUUCACUCAACCUGUUCUCUUACUCUUUACUUACUUGGUCUUUUUUUUACAGCCAGAAACAUGAGUGGCAAAAUGUCAGAUACCCAGAAAGCAAUGGCUAUGCUCAUUGCAACCUUCCACAAAUACUCAGGAAAGGAGGGUGACAAGUUGACCCUUUCUAAGGGUGAGCUUAAGGAGCUGCUCACUGCAGAGAUGAGCGAUGUCUUUGGGAAAACUACAGACAAGGCAUCUUUGGACAACAUAUUCAAGGAUCUGGAUGCAAAUGCUGAUGGCUCGGUGGACUUUCAGGAGUACAUCACAUUGAUCGCCUGUAUCACAAUGCUUUGCAAUGAGUUUUUCCAAAAAGGAAAAUAAGUGUGUUCUUAUGGUUGUGUCUGUAAUAUUAUUGUACUGAAAAAAGAAUAAAGGUACACAUAAUAAAUUGUGAAUUAAAAU